AUGGCAAAAAAAAGUUCCAUAAAGUGGGAUUUUAGAGAUGUGUCGACUGGUUUUCAAAAACUAAGAGAAUUUUUGCUUGGUCGCAAAUAUGUGUAUCAUAAUAGGUUUCCGCCAUUGAUAUCUCCAAGAUCUAUUCCUCCUCCUGAUAUUCCUCGCGGACCAGAACAAACAAACAAAUAUUCCGAGCAGUAUUAUGCUCACAGGAAUGCUUUAGGAUCGGUAAAGCCUCCAGUAGUGGCUCCUAUAGCUGAAGGCUUAACUCGCGCUGCGGAAGAUAUUAAAAUAAAAUGUGAUCAUAAGAAAAUGAAUACACAAAAAAUAGAAUUUGUGUGCCCACCAACACCGGGGUGUACAUGGUGGUUUGACGCGCAUUGUUACUAUCAAGAAAUUGCUCCGACUCUCCAACCUUGUCCUCCGUUUCCACCUGCUCCUCAGCCUAGAGCCCCGCCUUGUAGCACGCAGCCACCACCACCGCCACCACCACCACCGCCGCCGCCACCAAGGCGAGAACCGCCACCGGAUCCGUGUGCUCAAACUCCAGAUUGCAAGUUGCCACCGUGCCAGAUUGAAAAACCACCGCCUCCGCCACCCCCGCCCACUAUUUGUGACCCCUGUGAUCCUAAAUACAAGAAGUAAUUUGAUAUUGGCAAAGAAAGUUAUAUCAACGCCUACUGCCCAGUGCCC